CAUUGAACUUCCGUAUGUGUCAGAGGCGCAGGCCGCCGAUUCUGGAGGCCUUUCCGCCAAGGCUGACCCCUGCGCCCAGGCAUUUGAAGCCACGAUGGAAGAUUUCCGUUUCCGAGUCCUUCUCAAUCAAAUCAGUGAGAACCUGGGCAGCGAUGAGCUGGAGGCAAUGAAGUUCCUUUGCCGAGAUCUGUUGCACAGUAACCGGCUCAACGCGGCUGAUUCUGGACAAAAGCUCUUCACCGCCCUGCAGGAGAAGGGCCUUCUCGAUGAGAAUGACCCCUUCAUUGUGGCAGAGCUCCUCUAUCGGACCAGGCAGUUCAGGCUCCUGAAGAGGAUGAACUACAACAAGGAGGACGUCUGCAAGCAGCUGAAAGAACCAGGAACGGCCAAGAUCUCAUUGUACAGACAGUUUUUGUUCGAAGUUUCAGAGGAUAUUACUAUGAAGGAUUUGGACACUGUGAAACAUUUUUUGCGCUCAUCUCUAUCCAAAUUGAAGCUGGAGAACAUCACAACCAUGCUGGAUGCCCUCACUGAAAUGGAGAAGGAAGGAUUGCUGGAAGAAAAUAAUAUGGAGCUUCUGGAGAACAUUUGCAAGGAAAUUGGGGAGGACUUAGUGAAGAAGUUUGAAUGUUACAGAAGGGAAGAAAGCCAGAAGGGUGAGGAAUCUGGUCCAGUGCUGGCUCCAACUCCCGAGACUGAGAAUGAGUUUGUGAAUUUAAUUCCUCACAGGUUGCCAUCUGGGGAACAGUUGGAACCCCCCAGGAUGGUUGAACUGCACAAUCCCUUGUCAACAAAACUGGCACAGCUUUCUGUCGCUCAAAACCAGCAAGGUCCUGUCCAGGAUGCAAGCAGCAGUAGCAGCAGCAGCAGCAGCAGCAGCACCACGCAGAGUCCCGAGAGUCAAGACGCGAAGGAGCAAGAUGGUAUUGGCUUCCAAGGUCCAAGUACUGAGGUGACAUCUGAGCAUCAGAUUCUGGGCAGGUACAAAAUGGAGAGCAAACCAAGAGGCUACUGCGUCAUAAUUAACAACAGUAUCUUCGAGACAAUGCCACAACGCAAAGGAACGGAAGUGGAUGCGAAACGGCUCGACGGUAUCUUCAAGUGGCUUGGAUUCGAAGUGGUCCUGUUCCGGAACCAGUCAGCUGUGCAGAUGAGAGAAACCAUGGAUCGGUACCGGGAGAUGGACCACUCGCAGCGGGAUUGCUUUGUCUGCUGCAUCCUGACGCACGGCAAGCAGGGCGUGAUGUGCGGCACUGACGGCCAAAUGGUCGCCAUCCGUGAAAUCACCUCGCUCUUCUCGGGCUCACAGUGCCCGACCCUCCUAGAGAAGCCCAAGCUCUUCUUCAUCCAGGCGUGCCAGGGCACCAAGAAACAGGACAGUGUCGGGAUCGAGGUCAGCCCUGUGGGGGCAGAACCGAGCCUCAUGUGGUCGGAGGUCAGCCCUGUGGGGGCGGAGUCGAGUCUGAUGGGGUCGAGGCCCAGGAGCAGCGGAAGUGAGGUGAUCAGUGUUGAGACCGACCCCAUGCUGGAGCAGGAUGCCAUUAGCAGCGCAAUGGCCACCAUCCCUGACGAGGCGGACUUUCUCCUAGGCAUGGCGACGGUGGAGGGAUACGUCUCGUUCCGACACACUCAGCUGGGCACCUGGUAUAUCCAGUCACUGUGUGAGAACCUGGAGAAAUACUGUCCCAGUGAGGAUCUAUUGAGCAUUCUGACCAUCGUCAACAGAGAUGUCAGUGGGAAAAAGGACAAGAAAGACAAGACCCAAAUGCCACAGCCCAGUUAUACCCUCAGGAAGAAACUUUACUUCCCUGUGACCCAAAGCUUCACCAGUUUCAAAAACUCCACUUAAGCCACUGUGGCACAGGAAGCAAGGUGAACUUUGGGUUUGCAAGUCCUGGGGAUUCUUAGUAGGUUCUGUGUGCAGGGAAUGCUU